AUGAAGAGACAGAACCGCAGUGUGAUCAAUGAGUUCAUAUUAAUUGGCUUCUCAAACUUGGGGGAUCUACAGAUUUUUCUCUUCUUUAUAUUCCUACUAGUCUACCUGACUACUCUGACGGCCAAUGCCACCAUCAUGUCUGUCAUUCGUUUGGACAGGGCUUUGCACACCCCUAUGUACUUCUUCCUGUUCAUCCUCUCUUGCUCAGAAACCUGCUACACUUUGGUUAUUGUGCCCAAAAUGCUAACCAACCUGCUUUCCACAAUGCCAAGUAUUUCUUUCUCUGGAUGUGUGGCCCAGCUGUAUUUCUUUGUAGGUUUAGCUUGUACCAACUGUUUUCUCAUUGCUGUGAUGGGUUAUGACCGCUAUGUUGCCAUCUGCAACCCUCUAAACUAUACGAUCAUUGUCAGCAAAGCCACCUGCAUACAGUUGGUUUUAGCCUCCGGUUUGUGUGGUUUCCUGAUCUCUGUGGUUGUCAACAUCCUAGUGUUCAGUGUGCCCUUCUGUGCCUCCAAUCGGAUCAACCACUUUUUUUGUGAUAUUUCCCCUGUCAUAAAACUGGGAUGCACUGAUACCAACCUGAAGGAGAUGGUAAUCUUCUUCCUCAGCAUUCUGGUGUUGCUGGUUCCCUUUGUCUUGAUCUUCAUCUCCUAUGUCUUCAUUGUUUCCACCAUCCUCAAGAUCUCCUCAGUGGAGGGACAGCGCAAAGCCUUCGCCACCUGUGCCUCCCACCUCACGGUGGUCAUUGUUCACUAUGGCUGUGCUUCCUUCAUCUACUUGAGGCCCACAUCCCUGUACUCCUCUGACAAGGACCUGCUUGUGGCAGUGACCUACACUGUGAUCACUCCACUGCUUAACCCACUUGUCUACACACUGAGAAAUAAGGAAGUGAAGACAGCUCUGAGAAAGGUUCUGAGCAGAUACUCAUUCACCAAAAUGGUAUAA